AGAAAACCACUAACAGAGUAACAUCAGAUUUCAGCCCCUGGUAUUUUCCCAUUCUUUGGGCAUUUCAUUAACUUUAGCAUCUAAAAGCUUCCUAUAUAUAACAACCUGCUUCACUCUUCUUCAUCAACCAACCAAAACACAAGAAUCAAUUUCCUUUGUCAUCUAAAAAGCAAGCAAAAGACUUCAAGAAUCAAUAUUAAUCAAGAUGAGUUCAACAAGUAGAGCAUGGGUAGCAGCAGGCAGUGUUGCAGUUGUUGAAGCAUUGAAAGAUCAAGGAAUAUGCAGAUGGAAUCAUACACUAAAAUCAGUUCAAAAUCAUGUUAAAAACAAUGUCAGAUCAUUUUCUCAAGCAAAGAAGCUUUCAUCCUCUUCCUCUUCUGCUAUGGUUUCUAAUUCUUCUAAGAGACAAAGAGAGAAGACAAAGCAAUCAGAGGAAUCUUUGAGGAAAGUCAUGUACUUGAGUUGUUGGGGUCCCAAUUAAUUCUUUGAUCUUUCUUCACGUAUUGUGCAAUAUUAUUGAAAGAUAUUGAUGUAAAUUAUGAUGAAUUAAUGAAGAUAUUGUUGGGGUCCCAAUGCUUUGUAUUAUCCAUGUUAUUUUUUUUAUCUUGAAUUAGUAACGAAAAACAAGUCAACUCAAUGAACAACAAAGUAAAUAAAUUUGAGAUGAAAGAAGGAAAUUUACUAUAAAAAA